UCCAUCCCAGUGUUUCGCAACACCUCGGGUUCACCCAUUUUGUUAGGUCCUGACCUCCCCGCCAUGAUCUCCCCGGUGGUUCAUACAGGAGCUAUUGCCGUUUUAUCCUUACCCGUGGUCAUGAUGUUGAAUAUUCAAAUAGCGGAGAUUCACGAAAAGGUAUCGCGCUAUCCACCAGUGAGCGGUAUUAUUGGACUGAUCCCUUGGUGGGAAAUGUCCCUCAUCCCAGAUAAUGAUCACAUUCCAUUAUUACCAACGAGCAUAAGUACAAACUCUCUGAGAUAUACAGUUCAUGCUGGAGAAAUACAGGGUUGGACCAAUUCGGAAACAUCGGGCAAUUCACUUCAUACCUACUAUUCCGUUCGGUUCUUGGUUUCUAGUCUAAUUCUGUCAGUAGCCAUGAUUGGGGCUACAGUACUGACUAUGCAUAGGACUACUAGAGUUAAGAGACAGGACGUGUUCCGACAAAAUGCUAUUGAUUCCAAGAGGACUAUGAUGAGGAGGACGACAGACCCACACCUACCCACCCCAGGUUCCGCCCCUACUAUCUAUAGGCCCCAAUAA